UGGUCGGAGGGGUAGGUUAGCCACCGGGCGGGUUUCCUCAGACUUUUAUCUUAUUUAAAUUAAAGACUUAAUUUGGGGAGGAAAUAGAAGAUCUGACCAUGAUUGCACCGACUGAGUCUUUGCUGAAGUACGACACCCCGCAGCUGGUGAGCAAAAACACCGAGAAAUCACCAAAGUAUCAGCCAAAGACUCGUCCUCUGAAGAGGACUCCCCACCAACCCAUCACCUCUGGUCCAGUUCCACCUCCACCCAAACCCCACAGCCCUUCAUCUGAUGCCAUUAAACAGCAAACAGAGGAGAUCCUUAAUGCCAUCCUUCCACCAAGGGAAUGGAUGGAGAAUAAUCAGCUGUGGGUACAGCCCGUGUCCAGCAUGCCAUGCACCCGGACAGAUGUCAUGCGUCUGCAAGAGGAUCUGGAUCUCAAACUGCAGCAGAGACAGGCCAGAGAUUCAGGCAUUUGCCCUGUUCGCAGAGAGCUCUACACACAGUGCUUUGAUGAGCUAAUCAGACAAGUCACCAUCAACUGUGCUGAGAGAGGAAUGCUGCUUUUACGAGUGAGAGAUGAGAUUCGCAUGACCAUCGCUGCCUAUCGGACCCUGUACGAGAGCAGUGUGGCCUUCGGAAUAAGGAAAGCUCUGCAGGCCGAGCAAGGGAAGUCAGACACUGAGAACAAGAUUGAAGACUUGGAGAAUGAGAAAAGGGAACUGGAAAGACAGGUGAAUGAGCAGAAGGCUAAAUGCGAGGUAAUUGAGAGACGUGAAAACGAACGGCGACAAGCUGAAGAGAAGAAGCACGCUGAGGAGAUCCAGUUUCUCAAGCGCAUCAACCAGCAACUGAAGGUCCAGUUGGAUGCAAUCAUUGUCCCACAGAAAUAAAGAUGUCAUGCAUCAGAUUAUUUCAAAAUAAAGUCUGACUUCCACUGAAUUCAUACAUCUUUCAAUAAAACACCACUGUUUUGUCAUGUCCAUUUUAUUG